ACACAUGCGGCAAAUACAUAUACGAAUAACACGUAUGUGCGGUUUAGCUCGGCGACCCAACCUGUUCGUUAUCUUGCAGAAAUAUGCACAUAUAGCUAAACAACGCCAUACUGUAAAGAGUGUAAAGCAGAAUCGAAAUAAAAGUAAAUCCAUCUGUAUCUAUACGGAGAAUUUUUACCCCACACACUUCUCUGAAUUUAGUGAACGACGCAUUAGUAAAGAAUACGCAAAUAUCGUUGGUGCGUGGUGAGAAGUAGAAUCACAAGUGUUCAAUAUGUUGCGAGAUGUAAUAUUGCGUCUUGUGGUAAGCGGCAUUGGCGUUUUCGUCGGUAUUCUCGGUUUUUUCGUGCUAUGUGUUGGUUAUGGCAAUCACGAUGUAGGCUUUUGGGCGGUUUUGGCAACUGUCUUUGCCGGAGUUUGUUUCCAUCUUCAUUGGGUCUACGGUAGAAAUGCUCUGGAGGUUUGUCAUACUACAAGAUCUCUUCGUAUCCUGACUCAUGUGGGUUUUGCAGUUGGAGUUAUAGGUGCCGCUGGUAUCAUUUGGUACCUUUUCCUUACAUUCUACCGCAAUAUUACCUCUCCCACUGUGGCGGAAAACACUGUGAUAGCAGCUGUUUGGGCUUUCAUGAGUGGCAAAUGGGGUUUUACAUUGAUGUAUUAUGGCACCAAGUACGAGGUAAUAAUCAGAGAAAAUCCAUCUUCUAUGCUGAGCCAAGAUGGAGCUUGAAAGGAGAGACUCAAAAGCUGCAUUAACUCUUGACUUAUAUUUUAGGGUUUAGGAUAUCCCUAGCAAAUUGAAAAUUCAAAUUAAAACCUCCGGUUUAUUUUUUUAGGCAACAGAUUUUCUCUAUAAAAAAAUUUUUUUUUCUCAAUAAAGAAUAUGUAAAACAGAGACAAAACUUCUUGAAGUCUCAAUCUUGACACCUAUUGAAUAAGCAAGAGAUUAAAAGCAAUUGGGGCUGUUUAAACCCCAUUGAAGUCUUUAUAUUACUACGAAUUAUACAUUAAGAGGUUGAGAUUCCUUAAAAUCUGUUAUAUAAUCCAACUAUUUUGUAUUAAUCGUUUUAUAUGGUAUUUUUAUAAAAUAAUAAAUCAACAAAUAUAUAUCCAUAUAUUGUAUAACCAAAGAGUACGCGAAAGUUUGUACUAAUUAUCCAAACAAUUGUAUUGAUUGAGUAUUCAAUGAAUUAUUUACAAAAGUU